CGAUUGGUUGUCGUUGUUGUUGUUGUUGUUAUUCAAACACGAAGAGCAAAACGCUGUAGAUUUUUACACUGAAUUAAUUGAUUUGUUUUUGUUAUAUUUGUGGGAAAUAUAUAGAGAUUUUUGUCAAACAAACGAAUGAUACAAUUGUCUUAAAAUCCUCUAACAAAAGGAUUAGACGAAAGCAAUGGAUUCACAACAAAGUGAUAAAAUGACUGUCGCUUUGCCACCGAUAUCAAGCAGUUCCAGCAGUUGUACAAUCAAACGAUCAUAUGUUAAGGUGACCUCUACUUCUACCUCUACGUCCACAGAAUACAGUUCCAGUAGUAGUGAAUGUUUGCCAACUUUUGUUAUCUCAUCAAACAAGAAGAACUCUUAUGAACAUAAUGUGCGCGAAUUGAGGAACCGAUCGGAGUCUCCGGAGCCGACAAAUCGACUUAAGUUUAGUGACAAUUCUUCUGGUUAUGGAUCGACCACUUCAUUCUCAUCAGCCGUUCAUUCCGUAAAUAAGACACCUUCGCUACAGUUUGUAGUGACAACAGGCUUAUCACGACAACAACAACAACAACAGCCGUUGUCACUCUCGUCAAGCGAUAAGAAGAUUGGAAAACUAAUGAAUGGACAGACGAUUAAAGAAAAUAUAAUCACUGUUUUGGAUCAGAUCGACAAAAGGGUUGCUUUCUUAAGAGAGACGGCACAUGAACUGGAAGUGGAGAAAAACAAAUUACAUCGAGUGCUCAAUUCAAUCAUCACUAGCGAUCAAUUAGAUACCGUCGAUGAAGUCGAUAGGGAAGAGAUAAAAGUAACAUCUCAUGGAUUACUGUAUCGAUUGAAUAGUGUAGACGUUAUACUCAAAACCAACCGAAACAAGUCUCAGGAGAAGGCAUUAGAAACAGUGAACAAUGCCAUUGAAAAGCUGUCCGAUUGUGCAAAAUAUGACAAACAGUCGGCCAAACAAUUAUGUCAGUCGUAUCUGAGCGCCUGUAGUUCUGACCAUAGCUUUAAAUCGCAAACGUUUGACGAGGCUUUUCAAAAGCAGAUCAUUGAGUGCACUAUUGACGACCAGAAGAGGAUUAAGAAAAGUUUGGAAAAUAUUUUCCAUAACAUUGACAUCAAAUAGUGACUCAAACUAAAUGUAUCGCAAAAUCACUCGUAUUUUGAUAUAUCAUAUCAACGAUCAUAUAUGUAUUGAUAUAUCAAUAUAUGAGUUGGAUUUGUCAAACAAAAAAACUCAUUUAUAAUAAUAUCUAAUAUAAUAUAUACAAUACAAGU